GCGCACCAACUCUACAGUCUUUUUGCUUUCCAUUUUGUACCGUACAGUACAUCCACCGAAGUACUGACGUUUCGCUGUGCCAUCGCAUGGCCGACGUGUGCAUUCUGAGGUUCACUUUCGCGUGGUACCCGCUCUGUCACAAGUAUCACAUUUAAAACGUAACACUUGUGGCAAAAACAUCAACAUACUGGUCUCAGAAGAAAAAUUCUUCGAUCCGGCUUCUACGUCGACGUGGACCACCUUUCCAGGCUUCGUCCGGUUGGUGAUAUAAACGAUUAAUUUAGCUGAAAUUCGUGAGCCGCGACCACGCGACACAACGCGCAGCAAUGUCCAACGAGGAGACUUCCGCCGACCGCAAUGUCGAAAUCUGGAAAAUUAAGAAACUUAUAAAAAGCCUCGAAAUGGCUAGGGGGAAUGGGACUAGUAUGAUUUCAUUAAUUAUUCCUCCAAAAGAUCAAAUAUCAAGAGUGAGUAAAAUGUUAGCAGAUGAAUUUGGAACGGCAUCAAAUAUUAAAUCUCGUGUAAAUAGACUAUCUGUUUUGGGUGCAAUUACAUCCGUACAACAUAGGCUAAAGUUAUAUACAAAAGUGCCUCCAAAUGGCCUGGUAAUAUAUUGUGGUACCAUAGUAACUGAAGAAGGCAAAGAAAAGAAAGUUAACAUUGAUUUUGAACCCUUUAAGCCUAUUAAUACUUCUCUUUAUCUUUGUGAUAAUAAGUUUCACACUGAAGCACUUACAGCAUUACUUGCUGAUGAUAAUAAAUUUGGUUUCAUUGUAAUGGAUGGUAAUGGAGCAUUGUUUGGUACGUUGCAAGGCAACACUCGUGAAGUUCUACAUAAAUUUACAGUAGAUCUUCCCAAAAAGCAUGGCAGAGGAGGACAGUCAGCACUUCGUUUUGCUCGGUUGCGUAUGGAAAAACGACAUAAUUACGUUCGAAAAGUUGCAGAAGUAGCUACCCAAUUAUAUAUUACUAAUGAUAAACCUAAUAUUGCUGGUUUGAUACUUGCGGGUAGUGCUGAUUUUAAAACCGAACUUAGUCAGUCGGAUAUGUUUGAUCCUAGAUUACAAGCGAAAGUUAUAAAGUUGGUAGAUGUUUCAUAUGGUGGAGAGAAUGGUUUUAAUCAAGCUAUUGAGUUAGCUGCUGAAUCUUUGCAAAAUGUGAAGUUUAUUCAAGAAAAGAAAUUAAUAGGUCGUUACUUUGACGAAAUCUCGCAAGAUACGGGAAAAUAUUGUUUCGGCGUAGAAGAUACUUUAAGAGCAUUAGAAUUAGGCAGUGUAGAAACUCUCAUUUGUUGGGAAAAUUUAGAUAUUCAACGAUACGUUUUAAAGAAUCAUACAAAUGCAGAAGAGAAAGUUUUACACCUAACGCCAGAGCAAGAAAAAGACAAAACUCAUUUUACUGACAAAGAGAGUGGAGUAGAAUUGGAACUUGUAGAAUGUCAGCCUUUACUUGAAUGGUUAGCAAAUAACUACAAGAGUUUUGGUGCCACUUUGGAAAUUAUUACAGAUAAAUCUCAAGAAGGCUCUCAGUUCGUAAGAGGUUUCGGGGGUAUCGGAGGUAUAUUGCGGUACAAAGUGGACUUUCAGAGUAUGCAGUUGGAAGAUGUCGAAGUUGAUACUUUUGAUCUGGAUGACUAUUAAACCCGUGAUUCAACAGACACUUUUAGCUUCGAGGGAAAACAUAAAUAUAUGUUUUCCCUUGCAUCAUACUUCAAGAGAGGCACAUAAAAGGACAUGUUUAUAAAAUUUAUUAUAUGAUGCAACACACACGUCAUAAAGUUAUUCACUAGAAUUCAUUCAAACAAUUCACAAUUAAUACACAAAAGUGAAAAGCACAACACGUGGCGCGCCGAUAAUCCAUGUCCAUGAAGAAACAAAGGCAACUCGAAGACUGUGACACUUAAUUAAGCCAGCUUGAUACCUGCCUAUCUCACAUAACAUUACCUUAUAUUACAGUUACAUUCUUUAAUUAUUCACAUGGAUUUAUUUAACUAAUUACACGCGUUACAGUGCUGGAUAUGUUUGUACAGUAUACGGUUGAAAACAUAAUUUUGUAUCAAAUUGAUGUUUGUCAUCUUAUCAUGAAUUUAGAUUGAAAAGAAAAAGAAACGGAGAAAGAUACUCGAAUAGCAUGAAGACGAAUGUAGCGUUAUUUUUGUUCAGAUACAACCAUGGAUAAGCUGUAAUAAACUGAUUAUCAUAAACAU